CCAAUCUCAUGACUAUAGGGAACUUCGAGCCCAUGCUGACACAAGUAGCAAAAUCAGGUGAUUCAAUCAUGAAAACCAGUUUUGUUAUCGUAGAACGUCGAACGGUACUAUCGCUAUAACGCCACGGGAAAGGUAGUCAGGAAGAACUUGUUAAAGAGCGUCUAUUAUAUGCGUGGAAAGACCACAUUUGUCACAGGCUACUGAAAGUGAUUUCAGGGGACGAUAAAGUUGAUAAAGUGUGAGGAUGGCCACUGCUCUGCGGUAUUGUAACAAAGUUGCCAUCGUUACAGGAGGCUCGAGAGGGAUUGGAAGAGGGAUUGUUAAGGUUUUCGUUCAAAACGGGGCCAAGGUUGUUUUCUGUGCCAAAGAGGGAGAUGGAGGGGAGGCCCUGGAGGCUGAAUUAAACAAGAAGGGGCCUGGAACUUGUCUCUUCGUUUCCUGUGAUAUGACCAAGGAGGACGACAUUAAGCGGUUAAUUGCAGAAACUGUUAAACACUUUGGACAGAUAGACUGUUUGGUGAACAACGCAGGAUGCCACCCUCCACACAAGCCCACAGAGGUCACCACAGCAGACGAGUUCAGAGAUCUUCUCAACUUAAAUCUUAUUGGUUACUUCCUGGCUUCCAAGUAUGCCCUUCCAUUCCUGCGACAAGUGCAAGGCAACAUCAUAAACGUGUCAAGCCUGGUGGCCUCCAUUGGCCAGAAGCAUGCUGUACCAUAUGUAGCCACCAAGGGGGCGGUCAUAGCCAUGACUAAAGCCAUGGCUGUUGAUGAGAGUCGCUAUCAUGUUCGAGUCAAUUGCAUCUCCCCUGGUAACGUGAUGACUCCUAUGUGGGAGGAGCUUGCUGCCCAGACAGAGGAUGCUGCUCGUACCAUUAAAGAAGGAGAGAAUGCACAGCUCCUCGGUCGGAUGGGGACAGAGGCGGAGAGUGGACUGGCUGCUCUGUUCUUGGCUGCAGAUGCCACUUUCUGCACAGGGAUCGACUUGCUUCUCAGCGGGGGGGCUGAGCUUAACUAUGGCUUCAAGAGUCAGGUGCCACAACCAUGAGGGUCUAUAUACAGCCCACACAUAAGGCAUGCAGUCUCUGCUUCAGUCCACAGUUCAUAUGUUGUUUUACUAACAAGUUUACUGUUACAGACUUAAUUACUUUGUUUACAUUUAACCAAGGGACUAGUCGUGUAAAUAAUGGCAAAGCCAAUAUGAUUGCUUAAAAGCACCAUGUGAUUAACAUGACGCAAUUCCACUGUGAUUUCAUUCUUUUCAGGAUGUAUAGGGAAACAUUUACCUGCUGGCCAUUACAGCUUAUUGCACCUUCACCAGCAUAUUCUUAAUAUAUAACAAUGAAUGCCCUGUAGUGUUGUCCUCCAUUCCUUUAAAUCCUGUUUUUUAAUAGUUAUUACUUAUUAUUAGUUUAAUAAUAUAAUACUGCACUGUAAACAAUACACCAGAAGUUGUGGCUUUAACGCAGACACAUAUACCUUUUAUCAAUGAAAAAAGGCAUCUGUCUGCUGUGUUCCCUGAAUAUUCAUUUCAUCAUGUGUAUUUUAACGUGCUUAUAAAAAAGCAGCAAUCAAGCUUUCACUUGUGCAUCACUGUGCAUCACCUUUUAUCAUACAUCAAACAUAAAUGCCACUGCACACAGUAUUUACAAAACAAUAAAUAUAUUCAUAGAUUUCUGUGAUGGAUUCUA